GAAAACGCACUUUUUUCCUUUCUUUUGUUUACAUCGCAGUCGUAAGUGUCUCCGUUUGACGUCGUGAUCCGCGGGUCAGGUAAAGGGGGCGAGAGCGGAGCGACAACCCCCUGCGCGCGCGAGUUACCGAAAAUAGAAAUUUCCGAGGCGGGAAAAGCGUUUAAAAUUCGUAGAACUCGUUUUAAGGUUUAUUUUACUUUUGAUCUCUAUCUGUAUACAUAAUCCGCGAACUGUUUGUGUGUGUUUGGAUUCAUCAUCGAGUGGUUUCAGUGUCAAGUGCGGUUGCGGUAAACAAACAUUGAAAAUUUGAAACGUAGAGUAAUGAAAAUGGUCGAGAAUCAAAUUUACAACAGCGAAAUGACGAUACCGGCGGCGAACAGGCACUUUCUGCACAGGCUGAGGGAUAAAAUUCCCGCGCGCCUCGUUUUGUACUUGCUAUCCUGGUCGGGGUUUAUGGUUUCGUUCAUUAUACGAAGUGACAUUAAUUUGACCAUCCUGGCGAUGGUGAAGGAUCGCAAGGUCCAGGCCGUGCAGAAUAAGACUGAGGAAAGUUUCUGCUACACGAUAGACCCAAACGUUACCGAAUCGGAGACAGUAUUGGAUUACGGUGGAACGCUGGAGUGGUCCUCGGACGCGCAGAGUUACAUCAUCGCGUCGUUCUACUGGAUGUACGUGUGCGCUCACAUAGUCGGAGGUGCGGUGACGCAGCGCUUCGGCACGAAGCGAGUCUUCGGCUUCGUCCAGCUGACGUGCGCCCUGUGCAGCUUCCUACUGCCGGUCGCGGCCGAGACCCACUUCGGUUGCGUGAUAGCCAUCAGAUCGGUGCAGGGUUUCGCUAGCGGGUUCGUGUGGCCGGCGAUGUACUCGAUCGUCGGCGUUUGGAUACCGACGCAGGAGCGCAGCCGAUUCCUCUCCAGUUUCCAGGGUUCGAACUUCGGCACGGGAAUAUCGUACGCGCUUUGCGGAUUUCUGAUCGCGAACUUCGGCUGGCCGGCCGUCUUCUACACCUCGGGCAGCAUAGGUUUGAUCUGGUGCCUGAUGUGGUACUUUUUGGUGUUCGACAGUCCCGAGAAGCAUCCGAGGAUAUCGCGCGAAGAGCAGGACUACAUUCGAAAAAAUACGGACAGCUGUUACGCCAGCCGAAAGAAGCAGAAGGUGCCGUGGACUUCGAUGCUGCGUUCGCUCCCCAUGUGGGCGAUUUCGAUCACGUGCUUCGGUCGCGUUUGGAUCCUCUACACGUUCACCAUCUACGGUCCUCAGUACUUGAAGCACAUCCUCGGGUUUAGUGUCGAACAGAACGGUUUACUCUCGGGAGCGCCGUUCAUAUCCUGCUACUUUUCGACGGUUCUCUUCGGUUACCUGGCCGAUCAGAUAAUGAAUCGUAAACUGCUAACGAAGACGACGACCAGAAAGCUGUUUACGUUCAUCGGGCAGAUCGGUGCCGGUUUACUUUGUAUUUUAAUGGGGUACAUCGGCUGCAACAUCGCUGUCAUUUUGUGUUUGUAUUUCCUCGCCAUCAAUUUACUUUCUGCUCAGUUUUCGGGAGCGAUGGCUAGCAUUGUAGAUGUGGCACCGAACUUUAGCGGAGUUGUGGUCGGCUACUGCCAAACCGUCUACAUGAUCGCUGGUGUAUUCAGUCCGUUAGUUGCAGGGUACAUCACACGCAACGGGCACACCAUCUCGGCAUAUCAAACGACCUUCAACAUAGCGGCAGCAAUUGGAAUGAGCACAUACUUGAUGUACCAAUUCUUUGGUACAUCAGAGAUUCAGCACUGGAACUAUAGGAACGACGAGGGCGCAUGCAAAGAGAACGACGUCAUGCUGCAAGGGAAGAAGAGAGCCGUGCGCAUUGUGAGCAAAAAGGACGGCGUCGGCGAGGAAGUGUAACAACCCCAGGAAUCUUAAUAAUUGCACUGUGAUUUUAACUUUAAUUAUGUACAGAUGUUGUUCACACUCCGUAAAUACGUGUCAAGGAGUUAAAUUUUGAUCCAAGGCCGCUACAUCUGUACUAUUGUGUCAUCUUGAUUGAUGAACAGUAUAUUAAAACAUAUGAUAA